AUGCAACAUGACAAGGACUUGUACAGUAAAUGUCUGAAUGCGUUUGAUGUAUCCGGUGGGAGCCGACCGGAUGAAGAAUCUACCGACUAUGACGACCGUCCGAGCCGCGUGAGUAGUACGAUUUCAAUCUGUCGACGCGUUUUCCUGCGAACACCCCGAUGCGCGAAUGUGUCCGGCUGACGCGUCUGAUUCUUUAAUUCCAGACCGACCGAUUAUCGGACGAGCCAGGUCUCCUCAAGUUCUAUAAGUCGGAAUGGUUCACGUUCUGGGAGGAGUCUCAGGUUAAGGACACGGAUCACCUCAUCCGCGACUUUGCUUUGACGGAAUCAGGUGGUCCUGUUCCCAAGACGGCCGAGUCGAGAAAGCGAGCCAAGCCGAAGACUCGCGUAGCCGAUAUCGACACAGGGGAUGACGAUGACGCGUUAGUGGAUAAGCAAGAUGAGGCCGCCGACGGGGCUAACCAUGAAGACGAGCGCCGCCGCAAAGCGCGCAAGGCGGACGCUCGAGCCAAGGUAGAUCCCGUGUGUCCUGGAAGCUUGGAGCCCAAGACUUUGCCUGACGCUAUCCCGUCCUCUUUAACAUCGCAGCCCACUUCCUCUACAGCAGACCAUGCGGAUGGUCUCAAUACCUUCCUGAAGACCUUGACGGAGAUCGAGACAGGCCGCUUCGAGAAUGAGAAGGAGGCUGCCAAGCACGCUCGCGUUGAGGCGAAGGCGAAGGUGAAAGGGAAUUUGUUCUCGAUGAUCAAACUAUGGGAAGAACGACACAUGAGUUAUCAGGCAUCUGGUGAUUGGGAUCGUGCUGAGAAGGCUAAGGAGCGAUUGGCCCGCCUUAAUGACCAGUUGUUUGACAAAGAAGACGGGAGCGCCGAGGAGUAG